AUGAAUGCUCUAAUCCGCGAGAGCUUGUUUGGACGCCUCUUGAAUGUUUUAACCAGUAACAAGGUCUUGCCAUAUCCUGAUAUUGAGGCACCUAAAUUCAAGGCGCUGUCGACUUCAGCUACGUCAACCACUUCGGUGACGCCCGAGACCGGCCAACAGUUUAUCGUUGAAUUCUCAGAUGACGAUGACCCAGACAUGCCCAGGAACUGGUCACGGUUAUCGAAAACGCUCGUCAUGUUGGAUGUGAUGUUCCUGAAUUUCAGCUUCUAUGCCGCCUCGGCAAUCUUCACACCAAGUAUUCCUGGUAUAGAGGAUCAAUUCGGCGCCACGACUGCUGAAGGAACUCUGGGGCUAUCACUCUUUGUCAUUGCAUAUGGCAUUGGACCUUUGUUUUUAUCUCCAUUGUCAAAUCUCCCAGCUAUCGGCCGCACACCAGUGUAUGUGCUGGGAUCUCUCGUCUUUUGCCUGUUAAACAUCGGAACCGCUCUUGGAAAGAACAUUGAGACUAUCCUCACACUUCGAUUCUUGGGUGGUUUCUUUGGAAGCGCUCCGAUAAGCGUUGGAGGAGCAACCCUGAUGGAAGUAUACGGGCCGGGUGAAGCGCCGUAUGCGAUUGCUUUAUAUGCAGUAAGCGGGGUUUGUGGGCCGAUUUUAGGACCGAUAUUCGGGACACUAGUGGUUGAGCGUUGGCACACUUGGACAGCAAGUUUAUGGCUUAUUGCUGGAAUUACCGCUUUCACGACGUUGUUCAUCUUCUUUCUAUUACCGGAGACCCUGUCUUCCAACAUUCUUCUUCGUCGAGCGCAACGUCUUCGUACACAUACUGGAAGUCCCUCAUACCGAAGCCAAUCUGAGAUGGAUACACCGAGGACAAGUUUUGGCGCCAUGAUCUUCAAGCAGAUAGUGGACGAUCUUAAACUAUCCUGCACCGAUCCCGUGAUAAUUUUCGUGAACAUACACACCAUGCUGAUAUAUGGAAUUCUGUAUCUAUGGUUUGAAUUCUUUCCGUUUGUUGCAUUUUUCGGUAUCCUCGUCGGCGCAGUCAUAUCCGUCGUGACAUACAUGCUCUGGCUUCGAUUAUCCUACCAGCCCCGCGCAUCUAAGCCAGAAUCCAGUAUCGAGCCUGAAGCAAGACUAGUUCCAGGACAAAUCGGUGCCGUUUGCAUUCCGAUCUUGUACACUGGGUGGUUCCCAUAA